GACAGAUAUUCUGGGCUACCUGACAACCCUACUCAACAACUUCAACCAACCGAGCAUAAGUGCGCUCAGCUAUAGUACACGGAAGAGCGCGACCAAAACCGUCAACCCCACAAUACCGCGAGUUGGUACGCAACGCAAGUGUCUGGCUACUGUCCGAUGUGUACCUCAAUGUUCAAUGCCUCCACAAAGCUACCAGCCCCUUCGAAAGGGCAUUCCACCAGGUGUAUGUGCUUGAACGCCCUCCCUAGGCCUACUCCCGGACUGCGCACAGCAAUAACCUCAAUCAAGCCACAUCGCGUUCGUUCUGUAAUCCGCGUACUGGUGACUUCAAGCGUUGCUAGACCUCGGCAGACCAGCCCUGACCCGGACGCAGAUCCCUUCAAGGCCUCGAUGAGCGACUCCAUCUCCGUGGGUAGGAGGUGCUUCACCGUGAGGGACGUGAGCGCUGGUAGCUGCCCGAAUACGGGGUCCCAGUGCCCGAACACUAGUACUGGUCCCCCUUGGGUGGAGUUUAUGCCGUCUGACUCCGACAGGUGAGACGGGUACGGGUCCGGGCGGUGGUCCAGAAUGAGCGUUUCGAUCCGGGAGGGAUCGAAUGGCCAGUCGUAGAGGAAGCCAGCCCAAUGCUCUGGCACACCGGGCGCUGCCCACGUUGCGUCCCUCCCGUCGACUUCGAGUGCGGGUCGGCCCGACUGUGCGGUAGUCCGGCGGUAGGCUUGCAUAUGCCAUUCGCCAACGCCAUCCCAUGAAGCACUGAGACAGCGGAAGCUUUGAAAGCACGGUGGAGCAGAAGAUGGGGUAAUGGCGCCUAGUAGUGUCGGGAAGAGUCCCUCUUCAAGCACAGCGGGGAGGACAGCUACGUCAGCGUUAGAUGGGAGAGCUAGGGACGCGAGCAAGACUCCCGGAGCUAGCCUAAGCUCAAGCUCCAUAUACAGCUUUUCCAGCUUCGGGAGUGCGACAGGAUCGGAAGCGACUUCGAACCAGCCGCGUAUGUUCACGAUUCCGAGUGAUGGACAACUCCGAAGCAUCGCGAGAAAAGAUGAGAACGAGCGAAGUGGUGCUAAGUAUAG